CGCGCCGCCGCCGCUCCUUGACGCAAACGCACUCACACAAACCCUACCUCCGCCGCCGCCGAGGAAGAAGGACAAGAGAAGCCGGCCGGCCACGAUGAAGACCAUCCUGGCGUCGGAGUCGAUGGACAUCCCGGAAGAGGUGACGGUGAAGGUGGACGCGAAGGUGGUGACGGUGGAGGGCCCCCGCGGGAAGCUCACCCGCAACUUCAAGCACCUCAACCUCGACUUCCAGCUGCAGGAGAACGGCCGGAAGCUCAAGGUGGACGCCUGGUUCGGCACCCGCCGCACCAUGGCCGCCAUCCGCACCGCCAUCUCCCACGUUCAGAACCUCAUCACCGGCGUUACCAAGGGGUACCGCUACAAGAUGCGCUUCGUCUACGCCCACUUUCCCAUCAACGCAUCCAUCACCAGCGGCAACACCGCCAUCGAGAUCAGGAACUUCCUCGGCGAGAAGAAGGUGAGGAAGGUGGACAUGCUCGACGGUGUGACCAUCCUGCGGUCGGAGAAGGUGAAGGAUGAGCUCAUCCUCGACGGCAACGACAUCGAGCUCGUCUCUCGCUCCGCCGCGCUCAUCAACCAGAAAUGCCAUGUGAAGAACAAGGAUAUCAGAAAGUUUUUGGAUGGCAUCUACGUGAGCGACAAGGGUGCUAUCAACCAGGAGCAGUAAGCUUCAUUCCCCGCUUAGCCGGUAGCGAAAAUGCCCGGAGACUGUCCAGAAGUGCCGUUUCUGCCUGCUGUGUUUCUAUCAUCCUUUGGAUUGCAAUUUUCUGGGACUGAUUUUUGUACUGGGUUAGGAUGUGUAAUGGAGGAUGCUCGUAUCCUACAUAUUCUUGCUGUUUGAGAGUCUGAACCAUGUUUCUCUUCCCCUAAAGAUAGUUGACUGCAAGCAUUCGUGGUUGAAACGAAGAUGAAUAUCCAGGAGCUUUAUCAUCAGAAUUUGGUUAUGCA